UAGAAUAAUAGAGCUGAUGUAAUAGAGCAUGACAUUGCAGUCUUUACAUAUAUAUAUAAUAAGAAGCAUGUUUGCACCAGUCGAUAUCUGCACCAUAAACUAUUUGCUAUAUGGUUUCUGUAAGGCACAUCGGUCUUUGUCAUGCUGGUUAAGACAGAGAAAAGAGAUUGAUUCAUUACCAGGAACGAAUGAUUUAUAUUAGUCAACGUGAAGUGAUGGAGGAGAGGUGGACAAAGAUAUGGAGAAAGUCAGAGACAGACCAGUUUGAAACUACCAGUACCUUUGUAAUCCAAGCUCAUUUAUGUUCUUCUCUUCGUCCGCGCAAUAUAUGGAGUUCUUAUUGUUCUUUCUCAACAUUUUCUCCCUGUUUGUGGCUCUGGUUUCCAGUGUUUUAUCCACAGAAUUCGUAUACCCAAAUUUUAAUGCAUCGAAUCUGAGAUUUGUUGAUGCUGCAGGGAGUUUCUUGUCCUCCACCAAUGGUACAUUUAAGGCUGCCAUGUUUAAUCCUGGUGCUCAACAAAUUAGAUUCUAUUUGUGCGUUAUCCACACGGCAUCCAACACCAUUAUAUGGUCUGCUAAUCGUGAUUCUCCCGUAUCUGAAUCAGGAAUUAUGAGUUUGACCGCCAAAGGUAUCAGUGUAAGAGAAGAAGAUGGAAGUUUAAGAUGGUCUACUCCACCGUUCAAGUCAUUAGUUUCUGCACUAGAGCUGACAGAAACAGGAAACCUUGUGUUGCUUGAUCAAUCUAAUAAUACCCUUUGGGAAAGCUUUUAUAAUCCCACAGACACAAUUGUGAUCGGACAAGAAUUGCAUACAGAGACUGUGCUCGUAAGUGCAGUCUCAAGUGAUGACCUAUCAACAGGUCAAUACAGACUUGGUUUGACUGUUUCUGAUGCUAUUCUACAAUGGAAGAACCUCACAUACUGGAAACUGUCAAUGGAGACCAAGGCCUAUGUGAACUCAAAUUAUGCAGUCGACUUCAUGGCAAUCAAUCGAACGGGCCUCUAUCUCUUUGGUCAAAAUGGAUCUGCAGUCAUAGUUCAGGUAAAUUUACCUCCAUCUGAAUUCCGAAUUGCAAAGAUGGACGACUCUGGUCGGUUCAUUGUCAGUAGCUUCUCAGGAGCGGCUGAAAAGCAGGACUUCGUUGGGCCUCUUGAUGAGUGCCGUAUCCCCAUCAUUUGUGGAAAGAUUGGAUUAUGCAGUAGCGGUGUUUCUGUCGAUAGCCCCGUGUGUUCUUGUCCAUUAAGUUUCCGGGUAACCUCAAAUAAUAUAACUAGCUGUGUUCCGGCUGAUAGCUCUUACUCAUUGCCUGCUUCUUGCAAUUCGACUAAUAACAGCAGUUACUCGAAUUCUUCAAGUUUUUCUUACUUGCAACUCGGCUUUGCUGUGGAUUACUUUGCAAAUGAUUUCAUUCUGCCUGCAAACUAUGGGGUGAACUUAUCACAGUGUCAAGAUAUCUGUUCACAAGACUGUACUUGCUUGGGGUUUUUCUACGACAACUCUACCAGUUCUUGUUACAAACUGGAAAAUGAGCUGGGAUCGAUGAUGGUGAGAUCUACAAGUAAUGGUAGACUAGGAUUUAUCAAAACCGUGGUUAGAACUCCACGAAAGAGUUUUGGUGGUUUCGUCAACGAAUCAGUGCAUUUUCCAGUAGUUGCUGUGGUGUUACCACUAUGUGGCAUCCUCUUUUUCUUUCUAAUUGGAAUUCUCUUGUGGAGAAGAUAUAGGCUUGAAAGCAUCAGAAAGGAAAAGAGGAGCAACUCAAGCUCCUCGUACUCGGGGGACCUGGAAUUUUCGAUCUCGGGAUUGCCGUUGCGGUUUGAGUACGAAGAGCUUAUGAUAGCGACCGAAAAUUUCAAGACAAAGAUUGGAACAGGUGGGUUUGGUACUGUAUAUAAAGGUAGUCUCCCCGAUAAAACACAUGUUGCAGUAAAGAGAAUAACAAAUUUAGGCCUUAGAGGUAAGAAGGACUUCUGCACUGAGAUUGCUGUUAUUGGAAACAUUCACCAUGUGAACUUGGUCAAGUUAAAAGGCUACUGUGCUCAGAGAAGACAAUGGCUGCUGGUCUAUGAGUACAUGAAUCGUGGCUCACUUGAUAAAACCCUCUUUGGCAGUGGACCAGUUCUUGAAUGGCAAGAGAGAGUUGAUAUUGCACUAGGGGCAGCACGUGGGCUCGCCUACUUGCACAGUGGAUGCGAGCAUAAGAUUGUACAUUGUGACGUCAAGCCUGAAAACAUUCUCCUGCAUGAUCAUUUCCAGGCAAAGAUAUCUGAUUUUGGGCUUUCAAAGCUUCUAAACCGGGAAGAAUCCAGUCUGUUCACAACAAUGAGAGGGACUCGUGGCUAUCUUGCUCCUGAAUGGCUCACAAGCUCCACAAUUUCAGACAAAACCGAUGUCUACAGUUUUGGGAUGGUGUUGCUUGAAAUUGUAAGCGGAAGAAAGAACUGCGUGGUCCGAGCACAAACUCAUAGCCUGGACGAGAGUAGUAGCUAUGAUCGUGAAAGCUCCCUCGCAUCAGCUGCACAGGGGCUUGUUUACUUCCCGCUGUAUGCACUGGAAAUGCAUGAGCAGGGGAGGUAUCUGGAGCUUGUUGAUCCAAGACUGCAGGGCAGAGUGACAAACGAAGACGUAGAGAAAUUGGUUCGUGUGGCGUUGUGCUGCGUGCAUGAGGAGCCAGGACUGAGGCCGACUAUGGUUACCGUUGCGGGAAUGUUGGAAGGUGAGAUACCUUUAGGCAAUCCAAGAAUUGAGUCACUCAACUUUUUGCGAUUUUACGGGCGUCAGCCUGACAGAGUUUCUAUGGCUGAAGAAACUGGAGGAGCCAAUGAUGUUAUAGUGUAUCCAGAUGCCAAUGCAUCUCAUAGCAGCACUAGGACUGUCUCUGAUGCAAGUUUCUCUUAUAUCUCCUCGCAGCAAAUAUCGGGUCCCAGGUAAAAAACUCAUGUACAUUAGAGACGAAGGUGUGUAUAGGAAAUGUUUGUCAAGUUUAAUUUGAUCAAAUUCAAUUAAUCAUGUCUAAAUAUGUUUUGGGAUAUAGACUCUUUUUUCUCUUGUGAUUUAUAUAAACUUUCUAGUUGAAUGUCAUGUCCAAGAAAUAAGUAUUCCAAGAUUAUCGAGUUGAUCAUGUGCUUUAGUGGAAAGGAAUUCCUAGGAUACGAGAAAGAUGAAAUACUAAUAAAAAAAAUAAAAAAAACUUUGUAAAAUCAAUCAAGAAUCAAUAAUAAGAUCACAAUUAAAGUUGGUAUUUUCAAAGGAAAAAAGAUCAACUGUUUCCGAGAAUUUAAAAGAAUAAUUAUGUGUAUAAAGAUGAGAUGAAUAUAUGAUGGAGAAACAAGAAAAUUAGAGAAGUGAUGACAUUAUCAUCAUCCACUCUUCCUCUUGAAAAAAGAAAAAAAAUGAAAA